UCUCUCUCCUCAUCCUUUCUCUUUGCUUCCAUUUCUCAUUCUCUGUCUCUCUGCUAUUAAGCAUCUCCAUCUCUCUAAUGGCGGAGACACCAUCCAAGCGCCUUAGAGAUGAAGCUCAAAUAGAAGAUGAUGUUGUUGAUGAAACUAAUAAGCGCCAUAAGUCAUAUAACCACAUACUCUCUCUUCUCGAUGAAGAAGAAGAUGAGCCUCCCCAAGACCUCUCUUCUCUCAUCACUACCCUUCAGCAAGAACUCUCCUCUGACUCUACCUUCGAUGACCCUCUCUCUUGUCAAACCACCGGAAUUUACCAAGAAAACCCUACCACCACCGUAGAAGACUGCCCAUCUUCGUCUUCUUCUACCUUCUUGAAGGAGGAUGAGGAAGAUGAUAAGGAAAGAGUUAUAAGGCACCUUCUUGAAGCUUCUGAUGACGAACUUGGGAUUCCGAACACACAAGCUUUUGGCGGUGGUGACGAUGGCUAUGGAGAAAAUCUUAGUAAUAGUGGAAAUGGGUUCAGUGGAGAAGAUGGAUUCUCCCUCUGUGAUGGUUUGUGGGAACUUGAAGACGCUAAUGCUAACUACUAUGCCUUGUUGCAAUCUGAACUCUUCCUGUAGUUAGCCGGAGGGGUAGGGGGUGUAGAUGGAAAGAAAAAGAAAUAGUAGGGGUUCAAAAAAGGAAAAAGGAAAGCGGUAGGAGAAAAGUAUAAAAUUGAAACUAAUUUUGGAUUUUCAUUUUUGCCGCUAUUUACCUUUUUCAAUUUGUUGAAAUUAUCCUAGUGCCCCCUCACCCUUAUCUAAUUUUUAAUUUAAAAUGAUGAAAUGUAGAAAGUAAAAAUAUUCCUCACUAUAUAUUCAAUUUUUAUUUUUAUUUUUA